AUGUAUACAAAAUUAAUUAAAGAAAUUCUUCUUGAAUUUGAUUAUAAUGAUCAAAGUCUUCAUGGUUUGAUUACCUAUUGUCGUGAUAAAUAUUCUAAUAAUCAGAAAGAAUUCGAAAAUAUUCAAAAGUUUAAGCAAGGAUAUGGUGAUAAUUCACCUAGAUGGUGGCAUACUUAUGAAUGUUUUCAUUUAUCAUAUGGUUAA